AUGCCACCCAAGCAGAAUGGAGAGACAGAGCACGACCUGCAGGAUGCCGACUUUGCCAAGGCAUUUCAGGAACUCAACCGCGGCGAACAAACUGCCACCGCCCUCGAGAACCACCUUGCUGCUCUUGGAAGCAAAGAUAGACGAACUUCUCGCUGCCACUGGCCAGCAAGACCAGCCCGAAUCCUCUUCUACACAAUCCAAUGGCACAUCUCACAACUCUAG